AUGCGUGCAUUCAUUCUUGUUACUGCCCUCGCCACGGCCACCAUCCAUGCCGUCCAUGCCAUGCCUAACUCCAACCUCGCGGUACGCAGUGCCUUCCCAGACACCGCAGGCAUCCCCCACAUAUCACAUCCUUCCCACCAACACAAUAGACUUUACCAAGGAAAGAAGGUUGGCGAGGGUGAUCAACGGAUGGUUCUUGGUCAUACUGGGCCAGGGUCCAUUCGUCUAGCUGAGCCGCACGAGAAGCCGAAGCCGCCGAUCUCUAGAAGGCAGAAGAAGACCGGACGAGGAGUGAUCAUGGAGCGGGCGAUCAAGAACGCAGACUACGGUUCCGGAAGUGCUCCUGCAGGGGAAGCUGUGGCACACUCCCAAGCUGACCCUGCUCCCAGUCCGACCAGCACGCCCGCAGCUGCUCCUGAUCCUGCAAGAAUCUCUGAUGACCCAGGACCUCCUCAAGCUGCCCACGCCUGA